GCAUGGAUCAGCAUGGCCCCUCACAAGACCAGCCCAGCAUUGACGAGGGCCUGUACUCCAGGCAGCUCUACGUGCUGGGGCAUGACGCCAUGCAGCGUAUGGCUCGAUCUGACGUGCUCAUAUGCGGGAUGCGCGGCCUGGGAGUCGAGAUUGCCAAGAACAUAAUCCUCAGCGGAGUCAAGUCGGUCACCGUCCACGACCAGGGAGUAUGCACCCUGGCUGAUCUGUCUGCGCAGUUCUACCUCAACGAGGAUUGCCUUGGCAAGAACCGCGCCAAGGCGUGCAUGGAUUCGCUGGCCGAGCUCAACAGCUAUGUCGCGGUGACGGCCCACACGGAGCCCUUGUCCAACGAGUUCCUGAAACGUUUUCGGGUGGUGGUGCUGACCGACACUCCCCUCAAUGAGCAGAUGUCCAUCUCGGCCUUCACGCACGCCAACAACAUCGCCCUCGUCGUGGCCGACACGCGCGGCCUCUGUGGGCAGAUAUUCUGCGACUUUGGUGAGAAUUUUCGCGUGCUCGACACCAACGGCGAGCGGCCCAUCUCCGUCUUGCUCGCCUCCAUCAGCAAGGACAAAGAGGCCGUCGUGACGUGUUUGGACGAAGUGCGGCACGGUCUGGAAGAUGGAGACUUCGUCGCUUUCUCGGAAGUCGACGGCAUGACCGAGAUCAACGAGUGCCUGCCCAUGAGAGUCAAAGUCCUUGGGCCGUUCACCUUUAGCGUCGGAGACACGACUGGGUUCAAGGACUGUGGACGUGGUGGCGUAGCAACGCAUAAGAUGCCGAAAGACAUCGAGUUUAAAUCCUUGAAGGAGUCCCUAGUGUCUCCCGUGUUCCUGUCGUCAAGCUACGCCGACCCGGAUCGCCCGACCCUGCUGCACGUCGGAUUCCAAGCCCUGCAUGCUUUCCAAAAGAAACAUUCGCGUCUACCGCGCCCUUGGAACAAGGAGGAUGCAGCUGAGGUGGUGCACAUGGCCAAAGCGAAGAAUUCGUCGCUGUCCUCGCCACUGGCGAGCUUGGACGAGGCUGUGCUCACCACGAUGGCCUGCGUGUCGGUGGGCUCCCUUUGUCCCAUGCAGGCGGCCAUAGGAGGCAUUGCUGCGCAAGAAAUCAUGAAGACGUUAAAACGUCAGUGCACGGCAGUCUCGUUCCUGCAUCUACAGAAGCUAGAAGCAUGGCAUGCAGUAGCAAAAUUCAUGCCGAUUCAACAGUGGUUCUACUUCGAUGCCCUCGAGUGCCUUCCGCAGACGGGCAGCGUCACGGAAAGAAGUGCGAAUGCGUUGGCAAAGACACGGUAUGCCGCUCAAGCGUGCGUCUUUGGAGCUGACGUGCAGAAGAAACUGGCAUCGCAAAAGUACUUUCUGGUUGGUGCUGGGGCUAUUGGCUGCGAACUGCUCAAAAACUUCACAAUGAUGGGCCUGGGCACGGACGGCGGCUGCAUCUACGUCACGGACAUGGACAUCAUCGAGCGCUCUAACCUGAACCGGCAGUUCCUUUUCCGACCAUGGGACGUUGGUCAAUUGAAGUCGGUCACUGCCGCAAAGGCCGUGGCCAAGAUGAACCCGGAGGUGAGCAUUGUGUCCCACUGCCACCGUGUCGGCCAGGACUCCGAGCACAUCUACACGGACGACUUCUUCGGUGCCCUAGACGGAGUCGCUAACGCGCUCGACAACGUCGAAUCACGCACCUACAUCGACAUACGGUGCGUCCAGCUGAGCAAACCCCUCCUCGAGUCGGGUACCCUGGGUACCAAAGGCAACGUCCAGGUGGUGGUUCCCCACCUGUCCGAGUCGUACUCCUCCUCGCACGACCCGCCCGAGAAGUCCAUCCCCAUCUGCACGCUCAAGCACUUCCCCAACGCCAUCGAGCAUACGCUGCAGUGGGCCCGUGACGAAUUCGAAGGCUUGUUCAAGCAAAGGCCCGAAGAAGCAAUGAAGUACCUGGAAGAUCCCACGUUUGUGGAGAACACGUUAAAACUUCCAGGUGACCAGCCAGCCGACGUGCUUGCCAGCGUGAAGCAGCAACUGGUGGACGAGCGGCCCAAGUCUUUUGCCGACUGCGUGGCGUGGGCCAGGAUGCACUUCGAGAGCCAGUACAGCAACCAGAUAAAACAACUCCUGUACAACUUCCCGAAGGAUCACCAAACCUCCACGGGUGCUCUGUUCUGGUCUGGCUUUAAACGCUGUCCCCACCCCAUUGAGUUCGACGCGAGCGAGGAGCUUCACAUGGAUUACAUUGUCGCCGCUGCCAACCUGCGAGCAGCCGUCUACGGCAUCCACAACUGCACGGACCGGCAAGAGAUCAGCCGCAUCCUCGAGCGUGUCAAGGUGCCCGUGUUCAAGCCGAAGUCGGGUGUGCAGAUAUCGGUCACCGAAAACGAAGCAUCGUCUCGUACAGGAGGACUUGAUGACCCGAAUCGUGUCAGCAACAUCGUCAAGGAGCUGCCUUUGCCCUCCAAGCUGAUGGAGGUUAGCAUCACGCCCCAGGAGUUUGAAAAGGACGACGACACCAACUUCCACAUGGACUUCAUUGUGGCGGCGUCCAACUUGCGUGCGGCCAACUAUGACAUCCCGCUGGCCGACCGGCACCACAGCAAGCUCAUCGCUGGAAAGAUCAUCCCGGCCAUAGCGACCACCACGUCCCUGGUCGCUGGUCUUGUCUGCCUUGAGCUCUACAAGCUGGUGCAGGGGCACAACAAGCUGAAGCUGUACCGAAACAGCUUCGUCAACCUGGCGUUGCCGUUCUUUGGAUUCACAGAGCCCAUCGCUGCGAAGAAAAGCAAGUUCAACGGCCGAGAGUACACGAUGUGGGACCACUUCGAAGUUCAAGGCGAGCUCACAUUAAAACAGUUCCUGGAUUACUUCAAGACCAAGCACGAGGUUGAGAUCACCAUGCUGUCCCACGGACUGUCCAUCCUGUACUCGUUCUCGAUGUCUCCGCCGAAAGUCAACGAACGCCUUGAUCUUCCCAUGAGCGAAGUGGUGGCCCAGGUGUCCAAGAAGCCCAUCGAGCCCCACGUGCGCAACCUCAUCUUCGAGCUCUUGUGCAACGAUAAGAACGGCGAGGACAUUGAAGACAUGCCGCCCGUGCACUACCUGCUUCCCAAGUGAAGAAGCGCCCUCUGUCGAGCCGUGGCGUAAGUCCACGGAGAUGACAACGCAGCCUUCGAAACUUGGCAUCCUUACCGGGCGAGAAAGUUGCAUUGCUGGAGACCCACGUUCUAAAUCUGAUUUAUUACGACGAACAAAUUUACCU